UGGUGUUCCGACAUCCCAGACGAGUGUUCCAUCUCUCUAACAUGCCGUAUAAUAAAUCGAUAUCGUCGUCGCGAAGAUGAGAGGGUGCCGCAUCGGCGUUCGCACGUCCGGCGCGAGCUAGAUAUUUAUUUACGCGCGCCGCGGGGGCUGUGUUUCGCGCGCGGGUCGUUCUCCGUCCUGCUUCCGUAUAAAUGCGGCGCGCCGCGAGGCACGUUGCUGUCGGGUCUGCAAGUCUCGACGUACUCGUUGAGAGCGUCGUCGUUGAAUUUUUCAUCGUGUAGCGCGCCGAGAGGAGAGGCGCGCGUGUUCGCUGCUCGCGGGGACGAAACAACGAAGAUGAAGAGGCAGAAUGUCAGGACUCUGUCGCUGGUAGUGUGCACGUUCACGUAUCUCUUGGUAGGCGCCGCGGUGUUUGACGCCCUCGAAUCCGACACCGAGAAGAAACGCUGGGAAUUCCUCUCCGAGAUCCGCCGGAACAUGAUGAAAAAGUACAACAUCACGCCGGAGGAUUACAAGAUGGUCGAGAUCGUGAUCAUCGAGAACAAGCCGCACAAAGCGGGGCCGCAGUGGAAGUUCGCGGGUGCCUUCUAUUUUGCCACUUUAGUAUUAGCCAUGAUCGGUUACGGACACUCCACGCCAGUGACCAUCGGUGGAAAGGCGUUCUGCAUGGCGUACGCGAUGGUGGGAAUUCCGUUGGGGCUGGUGAUGUUCCAGAGCAUCGGCGAGCGACUGAACAAAUUCGCGUCGGUCGUGAUCAGGCGGGCGAAGACGUAUCUCAGGUGCCAGAAGACCGAGGCCACCGAGAUGAAUCUCAUGUUGGCGACCGGUUUGCUCUCGAGCAUAAUCAUCACAACGGGCGCCGCGGUGUUCUCGCGAUACGAGGGCUGGAGCUACUUCGACAGCUUCUAUUACUGCUUCGUGACGCUCACCACCAUAGGUUUCGGAGACUUCGUCGCUCUUCAGAACGACCAUGCGCUUUCCAAUAAACCCGGGUACGUGGCCUUGAGUCUGGUCUUCAUCCUCUUCGGCUUGGCCGUGGUCGCUGCCAGUAUCAAUCUGCUCGUGCUGCGCUUCAUGACGAUGAACACCGGUGAGGCGCGUCGCGAGGACAACGAGAUGCAGUCCGCCUCGCAGCACGUCCUGACGCUGGACGGUGAGGUCGUGGCGGUGAACGGCAAGCUCCUAGCCGGACACGAGCCGAUCGUCCACGACACGGAGGACUGCGUGAGCGUGUGCUCCUGCACCUGCCUCGGUCCGGCGAAUUCCGAGCUGCUGGAUCCAUCCGGGUAUCAAGGUUACCGACCGCCCUCGACCUCCGCCAGCCUCCGCAUGAAGCGAGCAUCCGUCUGAUGGAGGGAGUUCCGUCGUCGCAGUUUACGUUGUCGACUUUCGAAGGCCGACAGCCGGGAGCUGCUCGGCAUCGACGUGUGAGAGUCGAUACUCCCUCCGCACAAACGAGAAAUAUUUCCCGAAGAAGGUUCCGCGGCGGAAGACGACACGUCAAGUUUCCUCACCUCGUGGAAAGUAAGAUUUAAGGAAAAAAAAGGAAAAAGCAAAAAAACUCUCCGACGUCGCCGUUCGCCCUCGACGUAUGAUACGCGUGAUCUUCGCGUUGACUGUUCAUUGUUGUUCGACGGUCGAUGGGCGUGGGAUGCUUGAGUAAUGUGUUCCUGCUGCAUUUCCCGACGUUCUACCGAUACCCCCGAAGUUGAUGCAUUUUGAUAGUUCACCUUGAUGACGGCCUGUAUGUCGGUCCCAGCCACCGAGUGGGUGUUGUGUACAGGUAACCCGCGUAUUGCGGUCGACUCGCGUUUGGAUCAAGGUGGCGGCGUGCUACGUCGCUACUGCGGUCGUUACGAUUUUUUGGUAAACCUACGGUGAUCAUAUCGCCACGCGACGAUAUCGUGCAGUCACGAGACACGAUUCGUCCGGGCAAUCCUCCGAGUGGUAACCCUUCGCCCUAUCGUAUCCCAGAUAAGAGCGAAACAUCCAGUACCUCAGAACAUUCGCGAGCUCAAACGCGGAUUAUCCGAUAGAUAACCACGCAUUUAUAGAUCGUAGUUAUCGGUGUUGCACUAGAAUAAUAUAUGUUGUGAGUGCAUGAGGCAUAGGUCGCGUUUCGACAACCUGGAGGUUCUCGUAUUCAGCGGGACUGAUUGAACGGUUGACCUGGUGUCGUUGCCACACGUUCAGUCUUCGCGUAAAAUUUUCCCAUCGCAAUCUCACAUUAAGUUUACUUUAAGUCUGAAUUUCGUUGUGAUUCUGAAAGUUUGUCGUUUUCAUUUUAUUCUAAUGGAAGGGAAAAGAAUCUAUUUAAAAAGAAGCAGAGAAUUUAUUUUAGAGAAGAA